UUGGGGAUUGACACGGCUCUGGGGGGAGAGAAUGGGACAGUGGGAUUAGUUUGGGGAUUGACAUGCGGGGAGAAGGCGAAUGACCCGGCACAGUCUGACAGGCGGUAGCACUGACCAAUAGUGGGGUAAAUUUCCAGGUGGGGCAGUAGCCGACCAGUAGGCAUUCCAGGGGUGGCCGGGAGCCACUCGCCUCAGCCAAUGGGGAGCUGGUCCGACUGUAUAAAGCCGGCGAGUUCACCGGCUCCGGUAACCAUCGAAUCUGAAUCCCUGAUCACUUCCAACCGACCAGCAGCGGAAAACAAUGCGGGAGAUCGUGCAUAUUCAGGCCGGUCAAUGCGGCAACCAGAUCGGAGCCAAGUUCUGGGAAGUCAUCAGCGAUGAGCACGGCGUUGACUGCACGGGGACAUACAGAGGUGACAGCGACCUGCAGCUGGAACGGAUCAAUGUUUAUUACAAUGAAGCCACAGGUGGCAAGUACGUACCCAGGGCCAUACUGGUGGAUCUGGAGCCGGGCACGAUGGACUCCGUACGGUCCGGACCCUUCGGGCAGAUCUUUCGACCUGACAACUUUGUUUUUAGCCAGAGUGGAGCAGGAAACAACUGGGCCAAGGGCCACUACACAGAGGGAGCUGAGCUGAUGGACUCCAUCAUGGACGUGUUAAGGAAGGAAGUGGAGAGUUGUGACUGCCUCCAGGGAUUCCAGCUCACCCACUCGUUGGGCGGGGGCACUGGUUCAGGCAUGGGCACCCUCCUCAUCAGCAAGAUCCGUGAGGAGUACCCCGACCGCAUCAUGAACACCUUCAGCGUCGUGCCCUCACCCAAGGUGUCAGACACGGUGGUGGAGCCCUACAACGCCACGCUCUCCGUCCACCAACUAGUGGAGAACACGGACGAGACCUUCUGCAUCGACAACGAGGCCCUCUACGACAUCUGCUUCCGCACCCUCAGACUCCCUACCCCCACCUACGGGGACCUCAACCACCUGGUCUCUGUCACCAUGAGUGGCGUCACCACCUGCCUCCGCUUCCCCGGCCAGCUCAACGCCGACCUGCGCAAGCUGGCCGUCAACAUGGUCCCCUUCCCCCGGCUCCACUUCUUCAUGCCGGGCUUCGCCCCUCUCACCAGCCGCGGCAGCCAGCAGUACCGUGCCCUGACGGUGGCCGAGCUGACCCAGCAGAUGUUCGACGCCAAGAACAUGAUGGCGGCCUGCGACCCCCGCCACGGCCGCUACCUGACCGUGGCGGCCAUCUUCCGCGGCCACAUGUCCAUGCGGGAAGUCGAUGAGCAGAUGCUUAACGUCCAGAACAAGAACAACGUCUUCUUUUCCGACUGGAUCCCCCACAACGUCAAGACGGCCGUCUGCGACAUCCCGCCCCGCGGCCUCAAGAUGUCCGCCACCUUCAUCGGCAACUCCACCGCCAUCCAGGAGCUCUUCAAGCGCAUCUCCGAGCAGUUCACCGCCAUGUUCCGACGCAAGGCUUUCCUGCACUGGUACAUGGCUGAGGGGAUGGACGAGAUGGAGUUCACAGAGGCCGAGAGCAACAUGAAUGACCUGAUUGCUGAGUACCAGCAAUACCAGGAUGCCACCGCCGAGGAGGAUGGAGAGUUUGAGGAGGAGGAUGAUGAUGAGGAGCUGACCAGGGAAGCAGUGUAGAAGAUUCCACUGCCAGUAAGUCAUCUUUCCUGCAUUCCCAAAGCCAGGGACGCCACCCCCCCCCCCCACAAACAACAAUCAAAGCACUCUCUCUUGUUCCUUCAGCAGGGUUCGAGAGAGAAACAGAGAAGUGGCUAAACAAGUCCCACCCCCAUUGAAAAAUCGAAAAGGGGGAAGGGGAAGCCGCAUGAGUUCCCUGGUGCCUACGUCACUGCAGAAAUCUUUCAUCCCUAUUGCGCUCCCUUUAAUAUCUCCUACUUCCCCACCCCCAUGGUGAGCUUGCCUUGUUUUGAGAGCGUGUGCGUGUAAACACGGUAUCUCUGUCACUUCAUGGAAGGUGGGGUGAUUAAAAUAUUUG